AUGACUAAGAUACCUUCACUCCCCAUAGAAAAAUUGGAUUUCCCAUCAAUUUUCCCCUUUCGAUUUUCCCGGCCACACCACCGCCGUCAUCGCCGCUUCAUCCACCGACGACAGUGGCAUCCCGUCUCAAGAUCUCGCAGUUCUCCUCGAAGUCGACGGGUGAAUUUUCGCUUUUCUUCGUUAUUAACAAUCUCGUUUCAGUUUCACUCUGCUCAAUGGGUUGUAUUACAGUACAAUUUUGAAGGAAGAUAUGAUCUAGUUAGGUUCAUUAAGACAGUGCAAAAAGUGGGGCUCUAUGUUAAUCUUCGCAUUGGACCUUAUGUUUGCGCCGAGUGGAACUUUGGGGGAAUUCCUGUUUGGUUGAAGUAUGUUCCGGGUAUAAGCUUUAGAACCGAUAAUGAGCCUUUCAAGGCUGCAAUGCAAGGUUUUACUCAGAAGAUUGUUCAAAUGAUGAAGAGUGAAAACUUGUUUCAGUCUCAGGGUGGUCCAAUCAUUCUUUCUCAGAUUGAGAACGAAUACGGACCAGAGAGCAAGGCGAUGGGAGCUGCUGGUCAUGCAUACCUAAACUGGGCUGCAUAUAUGGCUGUUGGAUUGGGAACAGGAGUCCCUUGGGUGAUGUGCAAAGAAAUUGAUGCCCCAGAUCCUGUGAUUAAUUCGUGUAAUGGCUUUUACUGUGACGAUUUCUCUCCAAAUAAACCAUAUAAGCCUAGCAUGUGGACCGAGUCUUGGAGUGGCUGGUUUACCGAAUUUGGUGGCCCGAUUCACCAGCGACCAGUUCAAGAUUUGGCAUUUGCAGUUGUUCGUUUCAUUCAGAAGGGCGGAUCAUAUGUGAAUUACUACAUGUAUCAUGGAGGAACUAAUUUCGGACGUUCCGCUGGGGGUCCGUUCAUUACUACAAGCUAUAAUUACGAUGCUCCAAUCGAUGAAUAUGGUUUGAUUAGGCAACCGAAAUAUAGCCAUUUGAAGGAUCUUCAUAAAGUGAUCAAGCGAUGCGAGCAUGCUUUGGUUUCUUCGGACCCUACUGUUACAUCGUUAGGAACAUACCAGCAGGCUCAUGUAUUCUCUGCAGGAACUGCAGGAUGUGCAGCUUUUCUCGCAAACUAUCAUGUACAAUCUGCUGCUACCGUAGUUUUCAAUAAUAAGCACUAUGACUUGCCUCCAUGGUCCAUAAGCAUCCUUCCCGAUUGCAAAACUUCCGUAUUUAAUACCGCAAAAACUGUUGCGUUGGUUGGAGAAAGUGGCAGUGGAAAAUCAACAGUUAUAAGCCUUUUAGAGAGAUUCUAUGACCCUGAUUCUGGACAUGUGUACCUCGAUGGAGUGGAUAUCACAAAGUUCAGAUUAAGCUGGUUGAGGCAACAAAUGGGUUUGGUAGGUCAAGAGCCUAUUCUUUUCAACGAAAGCAUUCGUGCCAACAUAGCUUAUGGCAAAGAGGGAGGUGCUACCGAGGAUGAGAUAAUUGCAGCAGCUAAUGCAGCCAAUGCACACAGCUUCAUAAGUUAUCUUCCAAAUGGUUAUGAAACCUGUGUUGGGGAAAGAGGCACACAACUAUCAGGCGGACAAAAGUAA